AUGUCGAUCCCGCGUCUGGAACUCCAAGCAGCGGUAUUGGGCACGAGAUUGAUGGACACCGUCAAGCAGGAGCACGGUGUGGCGAUCAGCAGCUGUGCGCUAUGGACGGACUCCAAGACUGUGUUGCACUGGAUAAGCAACACCCACCGGAGAUACAAACAGUUCGUCGGAAACCGGGUGGCGGAAAUUUUGGAAUCGACAGAGGCGUCCCAGUGGAGAUGGAUCCCGUCCGCCGAAAACGUGGCGGAUGAUGCGACAAGGCCGCGCAAGGCCGUGGACCUGAGCAUCGGUUCGCGAUGGCUAAACGGACCGCCGUUUUUACGAGGACCAGAGGAGAGCUGGCCGAGAUCGAGCGAGGACUGGAUUCCUCCGACGACCGACGACGAGGAAAUGAAAUGUGAGUUUGCCUUGGUCACGGUAAACUUUAUAUCCCUGCAGAGGUUCUCCAGCUAUAAUCGACUGGUGAGGACGACUGCGUGGGCGCUCAGAUUUGUUCGACGAUGCCGUGGAAUACGUCGCGAUGAAGAGGUCUACGGAUUGACCGCGAUGGAGUGCGCUGAAGCAGAACGCGCAUUGAUACGGCAGUCGCAGCGAGAAACGUUUGCUGAGGACAGCCAAGGAAACGUCGCCAAGGACAGCCGACUGCACGGACUGUCCCCAUACCUUGACGAGGACGGAGUAUUGAGAGCCAGUGGAUGGAUCGACGACGCGACGUGUGUGCCAUACAACGCACGUCGGCCGAUCAUACUGUCUCACGAGGAGGCGCUGGCAGAGAUGAUCGUGCAGCAACACCACGAAAAGAUGUGCCACCAAAACACGGAGGCGACGAUCGGAUCGAUCCGGAGCAAGUUCUGGAUAACGAACUUGCGGAGACUGCUAGGGAGGGUGGUGAGCAAAUGCAACGUUUGCAAGCUGCGGAAGGCACGACCCACACAGCCCGAGAUGGGCCCCCUGCCUGCGGAUCGGCUAGAGGCCAACGGAUGGCCAUUUAAGUCUGCUGGCCUGGACUACUUUGUGACAAUUGGACGUCGCACAGAGAAGAGGUGGGUGGCACUGUUUACGUGCCUGACCACGAGGGCUAUCCACUUGGAGAUGGCUCACGAUUUGUCCACCGACUCCUGCAUAAUCGCCAUGAGGAACUUCAUGAGCCGCCGUGGACCAGUGGUCAGGAUAAGGAGCGACAAUGGGAAGAACUUCGUUGGAGCCGACCGCGAGGACAAGAGGUUCAGCGAAGUAUUCGAGCCUGCACAGAUCCAAGGCGAGCUGUCGUCUAAGGGAGUCGAAUGGAUCUUCAACUGCCCGGCGAACCCAGCUGAAGGCGGUGCCUGGGAGAGGAUGGUGCAGUCCGUGAAGAAGGUGCUAGCGCACACAAUGAAGGAGCUCGCGCCCAAGGAGCAUGUACUGCAGAACCUGCUGAUUGAGGCGGAGAGCAUCGUAAACUCGUAA